AUGGUUUCUCUUUCUCUAUGGCAGCGCUAUCGUCGAAAUGGUAUUCGUCAAACAAAGUCCAUCCUUGCAUCAAUUGCGGAUGUUACCAGUGACUGGGUUUUCUAUUUGAAUGUCAAAAGUAAUGCUACGCUGGAUGAAAAGUAUGGCUUCAAUCUUUUCAUUUUCGCUUGUAUCAGCAGCGGUAUGCUUCUGGCAUUGCUUCUGAGCUUUCUGGUUAGUGCCCGAGCCCAUGCUAAAUCUCGUCGCAAACGCAGUCGGACCGCCAAGUAUGCUCCCUUUGGCCGCAUUCUCAAGAUGGUGCUAGGAUUACAAAUGCUAGUGGAAGAUAUUCCACAAUUCAUCAUUGGAGCGUUGGUCCGAAGUGAACGAGGAAAUUUGGAUCCUUACUUGGUCUUUACCUGGACGACCUCUGGAUUCAACUUUUUCCUGAAUCUGUUGGAUAUGAUUGAAAUUGAAGAUGAUGACAGCAUGAGUGCCGAAGAAGAAGCAUUGGAAGAGAACCACUCCAAUCGCAGUGGAUAUGAUCACGAACGAGGUAGCCGAAGUGCCCAAAUGUACUAG